AUGUUGCUGUGGUCACUGCUGGUCAUCCUUGCUCCAGUCAGUGGAAAAUCGGACUGGCUGACCCUCAGGGCUCCCUCUGCUGUCUUUGAAGGAGACAGAAUAGAUCUGACAUGCCAGAAGAAAAAGGAUUUGUGGAAAGUCAAGACUGUGGCAUAUUACAAGGACAGAGAAGAGUUACAGCUUUCAGAUAAAGUCCUAAACUUUUCUAUCCAAAGAGCAGUUUUGAGUGACAGUGGCAAUUAUUACUGUGCUGUUGAUGCUACUAUGCUUUUGUUACAAAAGAAAGACACUUCAAGAAGUGUAACGAUUAAAGUUCAAGAGCUAUUUCUGCACCCUGUGCUCAGAGUCAGCCCCUCCUGGCCCACCGAAGGGAGCCCAGUGACCCUGACUUGUGAGACCCAGCUUUCUCCACAGAGGUCAAGUGCUCAGCUCAGAUUUUGCUUCUUCAGAGAUGGGAGAGCCCUGGGGUCCGGCUGGGGCAGCUCCCCAGAGCUCAGGGUCCCUGCCAUGUGGACUGAAGACUCAGGGUCAUACUGGUGCGAGGCAGAGACAUUGGCUCCCACAGUCGGAAAACAGAGCCUCCAAUCCCAGGUUCAUGUGCGGAGAGUGCCUGUCUCUAAUGUAAGCUUAGAGAUGCGGCCCCCCAGGGGCGAGGUUGUCGAAGGAGGGAAUCUGGUCCUGCUCUGCUCAGUGGCUGAAGGGACAGGAGACAUCACAUUCUCCUGGCACAGAGAGGCCACGGGAACCAGCGUGGGAAGGAAGAUCCAGCGUUCCCUGUCGGCGGAGCUGGAGGUCCCAGCUGUGCAGGAGAAUGAUGCCGGCCGCUAUUACUGCAGAGCUGACAACGGCCACGGCCCUGCCCAGAGCAAGGUGCUGAGUGUCCUUGUGAGAAUCCCAGUGUCCUGCCCAGUCCUCACCGUCAGGGCACCCAGGGACCUGACCAUGGAGGGGGACAUGGUGGAGCUUCAAUGUGAGGCCCAGAGGGGCUCUCCCCCCAUCCUAUACUGGUUUUACCAUGAGGACAACGCCCUGGGGAACAGCUCAGCCCCCUUUGGAGGAGAAGCAUCCUUCAACCUUUCCGUGACUGCAGAACAUUCUGGAAACUACUCCUGCGAGGCUGACAAUGGUCUUGGGGCCCAGCGCAGCGAGGCAGUGCCCCUCAGUAUCUCAGUGACCAGCAUUUACAGAAAAGACCGUGUCACAGACAGAGCUCUUGGGCUGCUGGGUGUCCCUGCUUGUAUUGCUGCUGCCUUGCUGAUUUACUGCAGGUUCCGCAAGACAUCAGGAGGACGUUCUGCCACUGAUACACUCAGAGAUGCUUCCAGUGCAAACCCUCAGUGGUCCACUGCCUCCAGCCCAUCCCCUGCUGUUGAGGACCUGCAGCCAGAUUACGUCAAUGUGGACCCUGAAGAUGGGGAUGUGGUUUAUUCCCUUGUCCAGAGCAUCCAGCCGCCAGGAGACACAGCAAACACCAGAAGCACAAUUCUGGAGACUAAGGACCCCCGCGUCAUCUACUCAGACGUAAAGAUGUAACACUCGGACGAAUGGGGGGCAGAUCACCAACAAGGACGGAACAG